AGGGGCGGGCUGAGCGCGGCCCGCCCAGCGCGGCUCUCCGGCGGCGCCGAUGGGGCUGGGGACCUGGCUGCGCUCGCUGGGCGGCUGCUGCGGCUGCUGCGGAGGGGAGGCGGCGCCGCCCGAGAAGGAGCCCUUGCUCAGUAACAACAAUCCCUACACCUCCUUCGGAGCCACGCUGGCACGGGAUGAGGAGCAGAAUCUGUGGAGCACCCCACAUGACGUGACCCACACAGAAGCGGAUGACGACCGGGUGCUGUACAACAUGAUUGUGGUCAGGAACCAGCUGGACAAGGACUCGGAGGAAUGGCAAAAGCUCAACUACGAUAUUUAUACCUUACGGCAGACCCGAAAAGAAGUGAGAAGCAGGUGGAAGCACAUUUUGGAGGAUUUAGGUUUCCAGAAGGAAGCAGACUCCCUCUUGUCAGUGACCAAACUCAGCAUCAUCAGUGACUCUCAGAACAUGGGCAAAGCCAGGGACAUCUUGUUAAAGCUCUCUGAAGAGACAAACAUCUUCCCGACCAGCUGGGAGCUUUCUGAGCGCUACCUCUUUGUGGUGGAUCGUCUCAUAGCUCUGGAUGCUGCAGAUGAGUUCUUCAAGAUGGCCAGCGUGAUGUAUCCAAAGAGACCCAGCGGGGAAAGAGUGGAUGAUAGUCAGAAGGCUCUGCAGUGCAUCUCUGUCAUGACACCCUGAAAAUGUGCCUCGCUGGUGCGAGAUGGACAGCAGGUUACUUACCCUCCAGGACCAGGCUCCUCUACCAAGGGGUUAGCACAAGUAGUGGUGCUCCUUGUUUUCCUGCAGAGAAGCAAAUGGGCUGGCCAGAGCAGAGCAAGGAGGUCAGCAAGCUGUGCCCCACCAGGAGGGCAUGGAAAGGCAGAUGCUGGCCCCAAGGUCCUCCCUAGCAGAAGGAAGCAAGAACUGCCGUAGUGUAGCCCCAGACAGAGACCGCUAGCCGAGUAGUGUGUGAUAGGUCCGGGGGGAAUCUGCCACGCAAGGCAUUGCUACCACUAGCUGCAAAAGUCGAGAUGCCUCUAUUUACAAGCGCUGCAAGAUCCGCGUUUCCGCCUACCGCUGGUACCUGCCACUGUCCCUACCCUCGACCCUGCUACCUCAGUCAUCUACAAUUCUGUGACGUUUCUCUGUACACUGGUCCUCUUCCUCAUCCCCAGCCCAUGGCAGCCCCGCCAGGCAGGUCCCAGGGGAUUUGGCAAAGAGACAGGAGCAGCACGUAGCCAGGAGAUGAGUUAAUGCCCGGUGGCAAAGCCUUGGAGCUGUGUCACAGUUGGGUGUUCUAUCCCCAGCCAUUAGUGUCAGGAGGCAUUUGUGUCAGGGGAUGCUCAGCCUGACUUCUUAAAAGAAGGUAGAUUUUAGGAAGGUGCCAAGGUCAGAGUUGCUGAGAAUUUGGCUACUAUAAUAUCCUCAGACUGGUUGCCCAGCAUCUUAAUUUCUGAAAGUUUUGGUCUUAAUUGCAUAAAAAAUUUCCCACUAUAAAGCUGCACGUACUGUCAAUAUAUACCAUCCCUACUGUUAAUGAGGAUUUUUAAUUAAUAUCCUUUAUAUCUUGAGUUUUUGUCUGAUGAUGAGCAAUAAUUUUAAAACACUGGAUUUAAUAAUGUAAAAACAAGUGGAAGUUCUUAACUGAUUAACACAUACGCUGCUAAUUGGCCAGUUGAAAAUGCUGGCUACAAAGGACCUCCCAAAAUAGCAAAACACACCUUUUGUUUGUUUAUAUCUACAGUGUUUGAAAUAUAUAUAUUUAUGAAUUGUUUCUGUUUGUCAGACUUCCUGGGAAGCAUUUUUGUCAACUCAGGACAUCAGUGAAAACUGAUUUUAAUAAACAAAACACAUUACAAAACUAACGGGU